AUGGAUUCAGCAUCCACUCAUAGAACUCUCGUUGAAGAGAGAGAAGAGAUCAUGGUGCUUCCCAGUGAGAUUAACACUCGACCCACCAUUAAAAAAUCCCAUCUUUUAAAACCCUAUGUACCCACCAUUGAUGGGUCUGAAACUUCUCUUCGUCCAGCUUCCUCUCCUUGCAGCAUUGGACCAAGACCUCAUGUGGUACCAAUUGGUGAACCUAGAAUUGCUCGUUGGAAUGAGAUCAAACCCAGAGAUGAGAGCGUGAGACCGUUUCUUCUUGAUGAUUUUGUUUGGCGUCCUUUUACUAAACCGUUGAGGAACUGGAACCCACCUCGGUUUUACAAUGAAAAGGCUAAGAGGGUGAGUGAUGAUGAUGAUGAGUUUGUGUCGUUUGCUCGAUGUGUACUUCCAUUGAGCCAAGUCUUUCAAAAGUUAGGAGAAGGAAUUAAGAAAGCUGAGCAAUUGACAAACAAGAAACGCAAGCAAGCUAAUGAGAAUGCAAUGGAUUGUUGUGAAACACAAGAUGAAGAAGAGGAUAACAUUACCACUGCUCGGAGAAUCAAAUGCAGAAACAAGUGUGGUGAUGUGAAGUAUACUGGAGAUCAAAGAACUAGUACUGAAGAAGAUUGCAAUGUUCCAGGCCUUCCUCAGAAGCUUGCUUCUGGAGAUGAACACAACUCUUCAGAUCCUAAUGUUUCUUCUGAUGGAGUACAUGAGAAGGACGAAGAUGGUAACACUACCAUUGCUCAGAUUAUCAAGCUUAGAGAUAACGUAGAGAACAAUACUGAAGGAGUAGAAUAUGUGCCUGUAGUGUAUAACAAUGUUUCAGGCCUUCCUCAAAAGCUUGCUUCUGGAGACAAGACUGUAGCAGUGCCAGAAAUAAAAGAAAGGAGUGAAGUGAAUGAUGAAACCAACAACUCUUCAGAUGCUCUAGUUGCUUCUAAUGGAAUAGCUGAGAUGGAAGAAGAAUAUGUAACUGUUGGUGAGAGACUGAACCAGAGAAAACUUGGAACAGAUGAGCUAGCAUUGAAGCUGGAAGCACGCAUGUUGAAGGAGUGGAGUGCCUAUGGUGUCGGGGUUCCUCUUCUCUAUGGUGUUGAUUCGUUCGUUCAGUAUUAUGUUCCCUAUCUCUCUGGAAUCCAGCUUUAUCAAAACCCAUCAAGAGCCUCUACAAGUAGCAGGAGAGCUGGCGAAGACAGUUAUGGUGAUUCGCCUAGCGACAUGAGUAGCGAUGGCAGCAAUGACUGUAGAGUGUUAAAACAGUCACUGGGGAGUCCAUAUAGUGACUUAAACGAAAACCAGAGAGUCGGGACGCUGCUAAUAGCAGCUGAAGAGUGGCUGAGACGGUUGAAGGUUGUUUUAUCGGAUUUCAUACACUUCGUAUCGCAUAGUGAUUCGGAGAUGAAUAUUCUAGUCGUUUCUAAAAUCUGA